UGGCAGUUUAAUUGUUGCUAACUCUACACUUGUGUCCCUCCGUCUAAAAUCGAUAAGUGAUUGGUUUUCUUGAUGGUAAAGAUUUUGUGGCUCUAGUAACGUGCUGACAGAAGGGUUCGUCAUGGCGUUGAAAAGGAGACGGGCGACAUCCCCUUCUAGCAGUGUGAGUGGAGGAGAUUUUGACGAUAGCCAAACUUCAUCGUUAGUGCCUUCAAUUGGGAGAAAGAGGAGAAGGACCUCAAACAUACCAACUGUGGAUCCUAUUGCUGUAUGUCAUGAACUAUACAACACAAUCAGAGAUUACAAGGAUGACCAGGGCAGGAUGUUGUGUGAGCUGUUCAUCAGAGCCCCUAAACGAAGGAAUCAACCAGACUACUACCAUGUGGUGUCUCAGCCUAUUGACAUGAUGAAAAUCCAGCAGAAAUUAAAGAUGGAGGAGUAUGAUGAUGUUGAACAACUCACCAGUGACUUUCAGCUGUUAUUUAACAAUGCAAAAACAUAUUACAAGUCUGACAGUCCUGAAUACAGGGCAGCUUGUAAGCUGUGGGACCUUUACCUGCGGACCAAGAAUGAAUUUGUUCAGCGAGGGGAAUAUGAUGAGGAAGACGACGAUGGGUACGACGCACAAGAAAACCCUGGAGGGUCCACUGAAGAUGAGAGUGCACCUACCUGCUUGAAAGAGGUCCUUGAGCAGCUCCUUGAUACUGUGGUGUCUUACACUGAGCCUACUGGCCGUCUAGUCAGCGAGCUGUUCCAGAAGCUUCCCUCCAAAAUGCAAUACCCAGAUUAUUAUGCCAUCAUUAAGGAACCAAUUGAUCUGAAAAUCAUUGCCCAAAAGAUUCAGUUGGGCCACUACAGGAGUGUCAGUGCCAUGGCUAAAGACAUAGAUUUGCUGGUCAAGAAUGCCAAAACUUAUAAUGAGCCCGGAUCACAGGUUUUUAAGGAUGCAAACACUAUUAAAAAGAUUUUUGCACAAAAGAAGUCUGAGAUGGAACAUGGAGAACCAAUCAAGUCCAGCAUUCGUAUCAGGAAUAGAAGGUCUGCCCAGGGAGACCGCCUCUCAGCCAUCACCAUGGCUCUUCAGUAUGAAAGUGAUGAGGAAGGCAUACUCUCUGGGUCUGUUCACUAUGAUGAGGGGGAAUCUGAGGCAGAGAGUAUGACCUCUAACAUGGACAUGAGUAACCCGAUUUUCCAGCUGUAUGAAGCUGUGCGAGGUGCUAGGAAUAGCCAGGGCCAGCUGAUUUCUGAGCCUUUCCUGCAGCUGCCCUCCAGGAAGGACUACCCUGACUACUACCACCAGAUUAGCCAACCCAUCUGCCUCCAUCAGAUCAAGAACAAGAUGAAGAACAAUGAAUAUGAGAGUGUUGAGCAUAUUGACUCUGAUGUGACGCUGAUGUUUGAGAAUGCCAAACGCUACAAUGUUCCUCACUCCUCCAUCUACAAGCGUGCACUCAAGCUCCAACACAUUCAACAGAUGAAGAGAAAGGAGCUUUUACAGAGAGAUGAUGAUGAUGGAGACAGCAUGCUCUCCUCUGCCACAUCUGACACCAGUAGUACAAAAAGAAAAAGUCACAAGAAGAAUACAAAGAAAAACCGAAUGAAAGCUCUCUUAGCUGCGGUGACUGAUGCGCGAGAAGCUGGCACUGGUCGGAGACUGUGUGACCUCUUCAUGGUCAAGCCCUCCAAGAAGGACUACCCUGACUACUACAAGGUCAUCCUGGAACCAAUGGACCUCAGGACCAUUGAGCACAAUAUCCGCUCAGACAAGUACAUGACUGAAGAUUCAAUGGUGGAAGAUAUGAAGCUGAUGUUCCGCAAUGCAAGACACUACAAUGAGGAAGGCUCCCAGGAUCUCCUCAAUAUGAAGCUCUUUGUUGCGUUUAAGGUCUACAAUGAUGCCGACAUCCUAGAGAAGAUUAUGAAAGACAGACGCAAGGAUCUUGGGCCAGCGACUGAUGAUGAUGACACAAUGUCCCCAAAGUUGAAAAUAAGAAAAAACAGUAUUACUGUGAAGAAGUCUAAGUAUCUAACACCCUUACAGCAAAAGCUGAAUGAGCUUUAUGAGGCUGUCAAGAACUAUACGGAUAAGCGGGGCCGUCGUCUCAGCACAAUCUUCCUGCGUCUGCCGUCUCGUGCUGAGCUGCCUGAUUACUACAUCGCCAUCAAGAAACCUGUGGACAUGGAGAAGAUCAAGAGCCACAUGUUGGCUAAUAAGUAUCAAGAUGUGGAUGCACUUGUGGAGGACUUGGUGCUCAUGUUCAACAAUGCCUGUACUUACAACGAACCUGAGUCUCUGAUUUACCGCGAUGCUCUGGUGCUGCACAGGGUGCUGUUGGAGACGAGGCGUGACCUGGAGGGAGGAGAUGAUGCCCAUGUGCCUGAUGUGCCACGCCUCAUCCAGGAACUUAUCCGCAGCCUCUUUGUUUCCGUGCUCAGUCACCAAGAUGAUGAGGGCCGUUGCUACAGUGAUUCACUUGCUGAGAUUCCCGCCCUAGAUCCUGCAAAUCCCGAGAAGCCACCACUCAAUUUUGAGAUAAUCAGGACUAAUGUAGACCGAGGAUGUUAUAAGAGGUUGGAUGUAUUUCAGGAUCACAUGUUUGAAGUGCUGGAAAAGGCCAGACGAUUGAAUAGGACUGACUCUGAGAUCUUUGAAGAUGCUGUGGAGCUGCAGCAGUUCCUUAUCCGGAUCAGAGAUGAGCUGUGUAAGAACGGAGAGAUCUUGAUGUCUCCUGCUCUCAGCUAUACCUCCAAACAUCUGCAUAGUGACGUGGAAAAGGAGAAGAAAGAGAAGCUACCCAAAGAAUUUGAGGAGGACAAAAUCAAGAGGGAAGAGGAGAAAAGGGAAGCUGAGAAGAGGGAGGACUCUGGUGGAGGAUCAUGGCAGUCUAGCCUGCAGCGCACGUACAGUCAGGACUGCAGCUUCAAAGACAGUAUGUACCAUGUGGGAGACUACGUAUAUGUGGAGCCUGCAGAGCCCAACCUCCAGCCCCAUAUCAUCUACAUUGAACGCCUUUGGCAAGAUGACACUGGUGAGAAGUGGCUGUAUGGCUGCUGGUUCUACAGGCCAAAUGAAACAUUUCAUCUGGCCACAAGAAAGUUCUUGGAGAAGGAAGUCUUUAAGAGCGACUAUUACAACAAAGCUCCUGUCAGCAAGAUUCUUGGCAAAUGUGUGGUCAUGUUUGUGAAGGAGUACUUCAAACUUCACCCAGAAGGCUUCAGAGUGGAGGAUGUAUAUGUCUGUGAGUCACGUUACUCUGCCAAAUCCAAGUCCUUCAAGAAGAUCAAGAUGUGGACCAUGCCCCUGAGCUCUGUUCGGUUUAUUCCCAGAGAGGUACCCCUACCUGUAGUCCGUGUGGCAUCCAUGUUUGCCCCCAAACAAGAGGAGAAACCACCAGAAAUGGCUGAUGAAAGCAAAAUGACAGAUGGUAUUGUAGACAAGGAGAGGGAAGAUGUUCCAAUGGAUAUGACCAAUGGGGAGCCAGGGUGUCAGUACUAUGAGCAGCUCUGCUACAACAACCAGUGGCUCAAAGUUGGAGACUGUGUCUACAUUGGUUCUCAUGGACUAGUGCGCCACCGAGUGGGCAGGAUUGAGAAAAUGUGGAUGCGAGAUGGAGCAGGCUACUUCUUUGGUCCCAUUUUCAUCCAUCCAGAAGAAACAGAGCAUGAGCCCACUAAGAUGUUCUACAAAAAGGAAGUGUUCCUUAGCAACCUAGAGGAGACUUGUCCCAUGACCUGCAUCAUAGGAAAGUGUGUAGUGUCGUCCUUCAAAGACUACCUGUCAUGCCGGCCAACUGAAGUACCUGAAGAGAAUGUUCUGCUCUGUGAGAGCCGCUACAUUGAGAGUGAGAAGCAGAUGAAGAAGUUCAAGGGGCUUAAGCGCUUUUCACUCUCUGGGAAGGUGGUGGAGGAUGAAAUCUACUAUUUUAGAAAGCUCAUAGUGCCCCAGAAGGAGCCAUCACCUCUGCUGGACAGGAAAAUUGAGGAACUUGAGGCUAAGUUUGCUGACAUGACAGAUGAGGAGCUAGAGGAUCUUGGGGAUGAUGAUGGUGAGCUAGGGGACCAGUCUCUUCCUCAGAUGCAAUCUUCCAUGUCUAGUGACAUGGAUAUCAUGCCCUACACUCCUCCACAGUCCACACCGAAAUCCAUAAAAGGUCUUUCAAAGAAGGAAGGCUCAAAGCGGAAGAUCAACAUGAGUGGCUACAUCCUAUUCAGCAGUGAGAUGCGAGCUGUCAUCAAAGCCCAGCACCCAGACUUCUCCUUCGGGGAGCUGAGCCGCCUUGUUGGCACAGAGUGGAGGAACCUAGAAAGUUCCAGGAAAGCAGAGUAUGAGGAGCGAGCAGCUAAAGUGGCCGAGCAGCAGGAGCGUGAGAGGGCCCAGCAUCAGACGUCCCCUAGAGCAGGUACCCCAGUAGGGGCACUGAUGGGGGUGGUGCCUCCCCCAACCCCCAUGGGAAUGCUAAAUCCCAGCAUGACGCCUGUGUCAGAAGGUAUGAUGGGUGCAUAUAGGUCAGCUAUGAUGCCCCUGCAGGGCCAUGUUGAAGGCAUGGUUAGUAUGACUGGCAUACCACCACAUCACAUUGGGGUGCCUGUCUUUCCCCAACAUCUCCUGCCUGUUAUGCCUGGGUUCCCUGGAAUGCCAUACUUUGGUGUCAGUAGCAUGGGAGGUGGACCUGGAGCAGGAAACAUUCACGGAUCCCAGAUGGGUUUGAUGGGCCAAGGGCAGCAAGCUCCACCACCGUAUCCAGGACAAGGCCAGGUGGGACAACCUUCGCUCCAGCAGCCAACAACCCCAGUGUUUGUGUCACCACCAGCCAAGUCUCAGCGGCUGCUCCACUCUGAGGCAUACCUCAGAUACAUCGAGGGCCUAACUGCAGAAUCGUCUACCAUUAGCAAGUGGGACCAAGCCCUCUCAGUUCAAAAACAAGAUGUGCGUCUGACAAAAGAGCAGGAGAGCAGACUACCAUCCCACUGGCUGAAGAGUAAGGGGGCCCACAAGACAAUGGCAGAUGCACUUUGGCGACUCCGUGACCUGAUGCUGCGAGACACCCUAAACAUUCGUCAGAUGCACAACCUGUAGCAUGCCCAUAGUCUGAGCCUCUGUUCCCAAACCUGUGAGACAGGAAAAGGGGUUAAGCUCACUAAUAGUGUUCACUUUGUGUUGUCAUUUAAAAUGUGUUUGUAUUCAUAAGAGCUGCUUUCUGUGUUGAAGCUGUUUUUUGUUUUACAUUUCAGAUAUACUGUUCUAAGUACAAUUACAUUAAGACUGUCAUUCUGUGAUGAAUGCCUUCAUGUUUUCACGAUUAAA